AUCUUGGUUUGGUUGUCCCUCACAAAGUAGGGUGCAUCCUAAGUGAAUUUGUGCUCAAUCUCUAAUUUUAUCUCCUAAUUCCUACAAAUAUACACUACUUAGUAUUAUUAUCCUUUUCUUUCGAGUUUUUGACCCAUCAAACAUGCCAACAAGUAAUUGUCUCUGGCCGAGAAUUUUAUUUACAUAAAUUCACCAAUUUGGCCCUCUUAAAUUCCCCAAUCCGCCCAUCCCUAUUCCUCUCCGUUUUCUUAAAUUUCGAAUUUUCUCUUCUUUCGUUUUCCCGGAAAAAAACAUGUUGUUUGUUAUCUGCAAGAUGAAAAUUUACCCUUAAAUUCCUCCUCCUUUAGGUUUCUCCCCAUAGAUUCUUGUAAACAAUGACGAUUCUUUAUAAUUUAUUUUUCCUAUUGUUUUCCUUGUUGGUAACUUGUAUUUUGCUGUUCCUUCUUCGGGUUGUUUUGAUAAAAACCGGAUUGAUUUAUAUCGUGAAGAAAAAAUGGCGUUCCAUUGAAGAUUGUUUCCAUGUCUACCAGUUCUUCAAAGUCCCAGAGUUCAAUGAAGGCAUGCAGAGAAACCAACUUUAUCACAAGGUUUUGGUUUAUCUGAAUUCUCUCACUUUCAUUGAAGAUUCCGAUUUCACGAAUCUCUUCACUGGCAAAAAACCAAAUGAAAUCGUCCUUCAUCUCGACCCAAACCAAAUAAUCGAGGACGAUUUUUUGGGUGCCAAGAUUUCCUGGAUUAACGAAGACAAAACUUUGGUGUUAAAGAUUCGAAAAGCCGACAAACGAAGGGUUCUCCGGCCUUAUCUCCAACACAUCCACUCGGUUUCCGAUGAAUUCGAUGACAAGAAACGAGGAUUGAAGCUUUACGUGAACGUCGUUGAUCAUCAGGGUGAUCGAAAGGAACGGUGGAGAUCCGUUCCUUUCACGCAUCCUUCAUCGUUUGAAACGAUAGCUAUGGAAUCGGACCUUAAAAACAAAGUCAAAUCCGAUCUCUAUUCUUUCGCGAAAGCCAAACAGUAUUAUCAUCGUCUGGGUCGCGUUUGGAAACGGAGUUAUCUCCUUUACGGUCCUUCAGGUACUGGGAAAUCAAGCUUUAUCGCAGCCAUGGCUAAUUUCUUGAGUUACGAUGUGUACGACCUUGAUUUGUCCAAAGUUUCUGAUGAUUCAGACCUUAAAUUUCUCUUGUUACAAACAACCACCAAAUCAUUGGUCGUUAUCGAGGAUCUCGACCGGUAUUUGUCAGAGAAAUCAACGGCCGUGAGUUUACCAGGAAUUUUAAGUUUCAUGGACGGGAUUUUAAGCUCCAGCUGUGGCGAAGAAAGAAUCAUGGUCUUCACAAUGAACAGAAAAGAUCACGUUGACCCGGCUAUUCUUAGACCGGGAAGGAUUGAUGUUCAUAUUCAUUUUCCAUUAUGUAAUUUCACGGCUUUUAAAACGCUGGCCAAUAGUUACCUAGGCCUCAAGGAUCAUAAGCUGUUCCCGCAGGUAGAGGAGAUUUUCCAAAAAGGGGCGAGUUUAAGCCCCGCUGAGAUUGGAGAGUUAAUGAUCGCCAACCGGAAUUCGCCGAGCCGGGCUUUGAAAACGGUCAUCAACGCAUUGCAGACGGACGGUGACGGGAGGGGGGCUUUAAAUCUCGGACGAGGGUCGUGUGAGAAUGGGUCGAGGAAACCGGUGGAGGAAAUUGGCGAACCGAGCGGGGUUUUCUGUAAAGAAGGCGCAAAUGCGGUUAAGGAGUUGAAAAAAUUGUACGGGUUUUUGAGGGUGAAAAGUUGUAGAAAAUCUCAGUCCUUCGAUCUUAAUAGUCGCCAAAACGAGGGCUGACCUUCACUUUUUCACUGUUGAUUAGAAACUUAGCCUUGUAGUUUAAUUGAUUUCAGCUACAAAUUUUGUUACCGAAUUGGAAUCUAAGUCUCUUCAAUUUUA